AUGAGCACUGAUUCCUUUACAGGUGAACAUUUGGCACACAUUCAAACAUGCACUAUUUUGGUCACACUAUUACACACUGCUGUUCAUCCUAGUACUUUAUCCUUUUCUCAUCCAGAAUUCUUGAAAUGUGACAUGAGUGCUUGCAUGGGGAAUUUGUGCUUUUACAACCUUGGUAAUGGUGAAACACAUAUUGAGUUUUGGAUGAGUGCUUAUAAGCUGGUCAAGCUAAGCCAGAAUAUUAUUACUAAACCUAGCAUUUGGCAGCCCCAAUUCUUUCUUGAGUGGGGUUUGUUCAAAUACAAGAUGAUGGAUGAAUAUUUUAGUAGCACUGUCGCUAAACAUAAAGUAAUUGACAAAACUCAGCCACUUUUGCUCACAGGCCGUCCUAGUGGCAAAGGACUAAGCCAGAAGCCUGCCAGUCCUGCAGCAAUUUCAAAUAACAUCCAGGAUCUUGCUAAAGUGACCAAGCUACCCAUAGCUGGUGCCUCUGCCAUUUACAGGGGUGUUGCUGAUCAAUGUGCUGUCAUUUUAGGGAGGCAGCUUGCCACCUUUAUGCUUGGUCAUUGUCAAGAAGUUAUGCUUUUGGAUAGCCACUAUGCCUGUACUGCAGCCCAAGUGCCUAUAGUUGGUAUUAUGACUGGUGAAAUACCACUGGAAACUUUGCUCAUGCAGAGAUCACUAAGUACAAUGGAGUCCACCUUGCUGGCAGUCAGGGUUCUUGCUAAUGCAUCCAUGUCAAUUGAAGAUCCUCAAUCAUGCAAACCUAAAGUACUUACCUCACACAAGAGGCAACAGGCUAUUGUGUGUUCAUAA